GUGCAUGAAAUCUCGUGCUUUAAGGUCGGAGAAGAAAAAUCUUUCCAUCAUGCCUGUUUCACAAAGUUCUACUUUGCUGCUCAGCGUGACAAUUUUAUUCACGAUUCAGUCGCUACCUCCAACUCAGGCGAUGUGUUUCAACAAAAGCAGAAUAGGAUUUGAGAAAUAUAAGAACUGCGCUGAGCUUUACAAAUGCGGCCAAACCAUCAGUGGUGUUUAUACAAUCGACCCUGAUAGUUCAGGUGCCUUUGAUGUGUAUUGCGAUCAAACGACAGCUGGUGGAGGAUGGACAGUGAUCCAGAAGAGAGUGAAUGGCAUUGUUGAUUUCAACCGCACCUGGAAAGAUUUUAAAAAGGGAUUCGGUGAUUUUCUCGUUCGUGGAUUUUGGCUCGGACUGGACAAGAUCCAACGCCUGACGCAAAACAAGACAGAAAAUAAACUCCGCGUGGAUCUGGGAGUAAAUGCGAGCAAAACUGUUCACGCUGAGUACAAAUGGUUUGGUAUUGAGAGUGAGAAAGUUCAUUACAAGCUACGCAUCGGCCAUUUUUCACAUGAUUAUAGUACUGCUUACGAUUCCCUCUCCAGUCAUAAUGGCACGUCAUUUAGUACAUGGGAUAAGAAUACAGCUGGUUGUGCAUGUGAACAGAAAGAUUGUGGAGGCUGGUGGUACCUGAACGUCAGUAAAACUUGUGGUACUUACUCAAAUCUUAACAGCAUCUAUAACAAAAUUCACUGGGCAAACUUAACCCUUUAUGCUAAAAGCAAUCCCACAACAUCUGAAAUGAAAAUCAGACCAGUGGACUUUCGAAUUCCUUAAAGCCUCCUCCCUAAGGGGACCGAUAAUUUUGUUUCGGGUAGAUUUUUUUGGUGUGUGUCAUGAAACAAUUGUUUGUAUGAAAUAGUUUACCAGAUCCUCUUACAAGGCUCUGUAAUGUUCUCGGGUGGGUUGAUAAAGUUAUCUAUGAUUUAUCAGGAAACUUGAUUGAUUUGAUAAGUAUUUUGAUGGAAACAAACGCAAACAUUUUUUGGUAGAAAGUUUGAACUGGUGAACUACAUCCGACCAUGCAGUUUUGGAUCUAAACUUCCUACGGGCAUCUAAUUAGAUUAAAUCGACU